GAAGCGCAAUAACCCCCCUUAUAAGGGCACCGUGGCGAGAAGCUCACAAGCUAGAAGGACGUCGCGCGGGGUGUGUGAGCGGUCAUACAGGGCAGCAGCAGUAGCAGCAGCGAUGGAUCGAAUCAGGUCUGCGUUCAGUAACGUGAUUAAGAGUGAGCGAUACAGCAGGUUCACGCUGCAGCCAGCGGAGGACGGAGAAAGGCAGUUUGAGGUCAAGCUCGAUGACGCCACAGAGCCCCCGGGCCAGGUGCCCGGCUCCCCGAGCUUCAGGCCGGCACCUCUGCAGCAGAACAACCGUAAAAUCUGUUACCUGGUCCUGGGAGUCCUGCUGGUGUUUGUUACCGGCUACCUCGUUGGCUUCAUCAGCCACCGUAAACAUCAGGACGAGCCGGUGAACUGCUCCACAGACCUGGAGAAGGACGAGAAAGUGGAAAGCAAUCCAACCGUCAGUCCAGCUGUCGCUCCAGCAGCUCAGGAUCAGAUGGACUGGAAGGACGUCACCCAGCUCCUCGAGCAGAAACUCACGAGCCAGGCCUUUGACAAAACUCUGAGAGACUUUGAUCUGCCGAGACGUUUAGCAGGAAGCGGCGAAGACAUGAGUCAGGCGAACCGCAUCUUCGAAGAAUUCAAGAAACUGGAGAUGCAACCAUGGACCGACAUCCACCAUGUUCAGCUGCAGACGCCAGACAGCGAACGUCCAAAUCGGGUCCUUUUCGGUUCAGAUGUCUUCAAGCCAGAAGGCUAUCUGGCCUACAGCGCACCUGGGAAAGUUGAGGGUAAGCUGGUGUACGGCAACUACGGCCGUCAGGAGGAUCUGGACGUUCUGCAGAAGAAGAACGUUGAGCUGAAGGGUAGCGUGUUGCUGCUCCGAGCUGGAAAGAUCAGUUUCGCAGAGCAGGUGGAUAAUGCUGCCACAAAGGGAGCUGCUGCUGUUCUCAUCUACCCCGAUAAUGAAGAAUACAAGUUUGUAGCAAACACUCCGCUCUACGGACAUGUCCAUCUGGGUUCAGGGGACCCCUACACCCCCGGGUUCCCCUCGUUCAACCAUACCCAGUUCCCCCCAACUCCGUCGUCUGGCCUCCCCAAAAUCCCGGCCCAGACUAUCACCGCCAACAUGGCCACAGCUCUUCUAAAGAAAAUCGGCGGUCCCGAGGCAGACGCGAGCAGUGGUUUCAAAGGCGGCUUCAGCUCGCUGACUUACAGCCUGGGAGGCAGCGAGAACGUCACAGUGGAGGUGAACAACGUGCUCGUCAACCGGGAGAUCCACAACGUGUUCGGCGUCAUCAAAGGAUUCACUGAUCCCGAUCGCUAUGUUGUGCUGGGAGCAAAUAGAGACGCCUGGGACAGAGGUUACGCCAAAGCUACAGUCGGCACCUCUGUACUGAUGGAGCUGGCCAGGGCUGUUCAGGAGAUGGUGGAGAAAGAUGGGUUCAAGCCCAGGAGAAGUCUGGUGUUUGCGAGCUGGAGUGCUGGAGAGUACGGAAAUGUUGGCGCCACCGAGUGGUUGGAGGGUUACAUUUCCUCUAUUGACAAAAAUGUCUUAACCUACAUCAGCCUGGACGGAGUGGUCAUGGGUCAGGGAAGCUUUGUGGCCUCGGCGAGUCCUUUGCUCCACAGCCUCCUGGAGAGAACGAUGAAAGGGGUGAAGAGUCCAGUUGGUUCUCAGACCGUGUACGAGAUGAUGGGAAGAAGUAACUGGGAGGCCAAUGUACUGAGGCCAAUGUCCAUGAACGACCCUGCCUAUCCCUUCCUGGCCUUUUCUGGGAUUCCCUCCGUCUCUUUCCACUUCAUCACUCCCAACACUGAGGCCUACACUUACUACGGCACCAACAUGGACAACGUGGAUCACCUCAACUACGCAACCAACCAUAAAACCAGUGAAAUAACGGUGCUUGCGGCGCGGUUUGCAGGCCAGAUGGCUCUCCGACUGAUCCACGACCACCUGCUCAGUCUGGAUGUGAACCGAUACAGCCCCGUCCUCCUCAAGGCGGUCAGCCAGGUCUACAAACGAAUCGGCCAGCUCUCACGGUCUGGUGAGCUGAAGGAAGUGAGUCCCAUCUGGCUGGGCCGAGCACGUGGGUCCUUCCAGCGGGGCGUCGACAGUAUCAACAAGGACAUCAGCAACACAGAGUUAGACGACAAGGAGGCCUCUCGGAUCCUCAACGACAGGAUCAUGAGGGUCGAACACGGCCUUCUCUCACCGUACGUGACCCCCACCGAGACUCCCUUCCGUCACAUCCUGUUUGGCCGAGGCUCCCACACUUUGGCAUCCGUCGCCCAGACCACUGACAUGGAGCAGCUCCGCACCCAGCUGGCCUUGGCCACCUGGAGCCUGCAGGGAUGCGCCAACGCCAUGGUGGGAAACAUCUGGGACAUCGAUGACGAGAUCUAAGAAGAAGGGGGACGGGGAGUUGUGAGUGUGUGGAGGGUGAGGGGGUCCUGUGUGUGUGUGUGGGUGUGUGUGUUGCAAUGAAAUUCCAGGUAGAGUAGAAGGAGGAGCUCCAAUAUCAGCACUUAAGCACAAGCUGUCAAUCAUUGGUCUAAGCCCCACCCUUUUGAAAUAAGGCUUCUAAUCAGUUUUUUGGGGGGGGUCUUAAUUCCACAAAGAUCCAGGAAGAGGUAGAAAAAUCUAAAACACACGUGAAUACUGUGAAUUAAAUACUUGAAGAAUAUAAACUACUGACACAUCUGCCUCCAUGCCAACACAUCGGACCAGUCGAAGCCUUCGCUGUGACCUCUCGCCAAAAAAAAAAAAAAAACACUGAGAAACCUUAUUUAUACUUCUGUUUUUUUAUCAGUGGCAGUGCCCACUAUAAACUUAUCGUUUGUCUUUUUUUAUACGACGUUAUCGGAAGCAGUGCCUUCCAUAAUUAUGACGGUUAUACCGUCUCAUCCUCUGGCAGCAUCUGCUACAGAAACGACUCCUCAACUGUUGCUGACAAAAUGGAUCCCCCUGAUUUCGAAAAUGAGAUUUAGUUUUCAUCGUACGAGAAAGUGCCGCCUGUCAUCAGCACUUCGCUCGUCAAAGGGGAGAAAAGAGUUUUGUCUGUUUUCAAAAGUAGACUUAAAACCAGAGAGAGCUGAAAUUUAUUUGCGUACCGCAAGUCCAGAGAUGAAUUGAAGCGUUUGACUUGAUUUAUUCUGCAAAAUGCUAAAAAAAAAAAA